AUGAACGUUGAAUGAAUGUGUUUUGCAGUCUUAUGCAACAGGCAGUUAUUCUUCAAUAUUGUUUCGACAUGGCCUAUUUUUUCCCCAGUCUUGAGUUAACCUGCAAAAAUGUGCUUCCUAAAUUUACAAGGAGCGUUUGAAUGCAGCACUCUCCAAACACGCGCCGGAGCUCGAGCGCUGUUGUGACCGUUAGCCCGUCUGACUGUUCGCAGACGGUCAACUGUCAUGUCGCCAUCAGUUUAAUGAAUUCAUGAAACGUUCAGCUCCUCCACACAGACCCUGGAGGCCGUGCAAGUAGAGAAACAUUACUUCACAAUGAAAGAAGCAACAGCGAUGGCAGGAAAACUGACCACACCAGAGUUCAAAAGGAGGGUAGUGAGCAACAACGAGGGCCAUAAAAAGACAACAUCACAAGAGAUGGAGCAUGCGCUUGCAAAUCAAGACAAAUCUCCACCGAAAAAGAAAAAAUCUCCCUCUAAACCAUCCACUGUUGAGUCAGCAGAUUUAUUUGAAGCUUCAACUGCAGGGUUCAAUUGUUGUGGUGAGGUCCACAUGCUGUUGUCAACAUUUGUUGAAGUGUUAAGUGAGAGAGCUGCAGCAGAUACCUCCAAGAUGAAGAAGCUGGAGGUCAAUUUGGCAGAAGCCCGAAACCUUGAGUCCUACCUUAAAGAGAAGAAAAAUCAUCUGAGGCAAACAUUGGCUCUGAUUUCAGACAAACUGCAGGGUUAAAUCUGCAGCACGGGCUUCACACAGGUGGUAAAACAGACCGCUUUAUUUAAACUGAAGAAUGGCUUUCUUUUGCUUUGUUGUUGUACUGUACAUGUGCCUUCUACAGUUCAUAUCUUAGUCAUAUUAACUAAUAUUCUAUGUAAAUGUUACAUUUAUGAAGAGCACAGCUCCAUAAAAUGUGUCAUUGCUUUGACUGUAAAAUAAAUAUAGGUUUGCUGUUAUGAGUUUUUUGAGUUUUGAGCUAAUUUUGAAUAGAAUAUGAAUUACUCUUCUCCAAAUCUCAACACACUUUGAUUCUUCAUAGUAGGCUUAUAUUUUGUGAUGUAUCUUUAUAUAACUCAAUACUUUGUAGUUUUUCCUAAACAAAAAUUCAGUAUGCACAAAUGUAUGUGCUAUUUUUCAUAGAUAAUCAGUGCUCAAUAUGUACACUAUAUGCUUUUGUUUUCAUUUAAAAAAACGUGGUGUAUGAAAGAAAUGUAAGUGCACUUAUCGACCUCCAAAACUAAGAGAAAACAAAGUUGUGUUGCAUCUCUGUUUUUUUUAGACAUGCUACAUGCCAUUCCCUCCUAUUUUGUUUUCAGCUUGUGUUCUGAAAUAGAAUGUAAGCAGUAGUAAGACAAAUGGCUGGCCAGCAGAGGGUGCAAGUGUGCCACAUUUAGUUUCAAUAGCUUAAUAGAUUUAGAAUAAACAACUACUUUGAAAUAUA